CGACGACCACAAUACUCGUAACGCAGAGUCGGUCAAGAUGCCUUUCUCCAAGCUCGUGAAGAACGAUGCGUACUUCUCACGCUACCAAGUCAAAUACAAGCGUCGCCGACAGGGCAAGACCGACUACUAUGCCCGCAAGCGCUUGAUCACCCAGGCCAAGAACAAGUACAACGCCCCUAAGUACCGACUCGUCGUCCGCUUCACCAACCGCGACAUCAUCACCCAAAUCAUCACCUCGGAAGUCAACGGAGACAAGGUCUUUUGUGCUGCGUAUGGACACGAGCUGAAGCGCUAUGGUAUCACUCACGGCCUCACCAACUGGGCGGCGGCCUAUGCCACCGGCCUCCUCCUCGCCCGCCGCACCCUAAAGAAGCUCGAGUUGGAUGAGGACUUCACGGGCGUUGAAGAGGCGGACGGUGAGUUCUCCCUUACCGAGGCUGUCGAGGUCGAUGGUGAGGAGCGUCGUCCAUUCAAGGUCUUCUUGGACGUCGGCCUUGCCCGUACCUCUACCGGUGCCCGUGUCUUCGGCGCCAUGAAGGGUGCCUCCGAUGGUGGUCUCUACGUCCCCCACUCUGAGAACCGAUUCCCCGGCUACGACAUCGAAACCAAGGAGCUCGACGCCGAGACUCUCCGCAAGUACAUCUUCGGCGGCCAUGUCGCUGAGUACAUGGAGACGCUCGCCGACGACGAUGAGGAGCGCUACAAGUCCCAGUUUCAGGGCUACAUCGACGACGACAUCGAAGCUGAUGGCUUGGAGGAGCUAUAUGCCGACGCCCACAAGCAGAUUCGUGAGGACCCAUGGAAGAAGGAUGAGGACGAAGGCCCUAAGAAGACUAAGGAGGAGUGGAAGAAAGAGUCCCUUAAGUAUAGGAAGAAGAAGCUAACCAAGGCCGAGAAGGAGGCGCGUGUCAAGGCCAAGAUCCAGGAGCUGAAGGGCUAGAUUGGCUAACAUUCUCUCUCCUUCUUCUUCACCGUCACGACAAAAGCACGGCAUUCGGCGUCUUGGGAUGAGGGGAUACCUGCUCUCUGCAGAAUGCUGUUCUUAAUAUCUUACCGGCGAAUUUUGACGAGCUGUGUUAAAAGACCAGCAAAAUCAACUUAGA